AAUUCAUCAGUCAGUUGAAUUUUUUUUUUUUAAUUCAGUCUAAAUUUAAAAAUUUUAAUUUAAAUGGCGGCAUUAAAAUUUAUAUUUAUUUUACUCUUUGUAAUAAAAAAUAGCCAGGGGUUUAUGGACAAAAUAUUUACGAACGGAGAUUUGGACUCUUAUACGAUGAAUUUUGUUAAUAAUAUAGAAUCAAAAUUAAAAAGUAAUUGUGUGUAUGAUUAUCCGGCGACGCGAUUCCAAAGAAGGUUUGUGGUAACGAAUACUUUGAAGGAUAUGAACAAAAUAAUGUGUGAGUUCAAAUAUAACAAUGCAACGGAAACGUUUCCCUGGAAAUUGAUCGUCGAAAAGUUCGACGACUUCGAGUAUUCCUUUGAGCUGACGAACAUGAUGAAGAAAUUAAGCAAUUACUGGAAAGCGCUGGACAAGUACUCGAGGGUAAAUGAUUAUGAGGGAAGUUCUUUGAUGAUUGGAUGGGGACCUUGUGAUAACGUGGACGUAAUGUUUGAUUGGAGGUCAAGAGUUGACGCGGAAUUGUGCAAUAAGGAUAUCAAUGAAGUUUAUGCUCAAUUUAUAAGCGCUAUCAAGAACAAAAUGGAGAAAUAUGCCAGUAAGAUAAAUAUAUGUGAGAUGAAAUCAACGUUGAAAGAAGAGAUGGUUGCAUUUUUCCAACAAGGAAUAAAAGCUCACAUCCAAAGAUUCAUUUUAACCGCCUUCGAACUCUCCGUUAAAUCACAGUGUAGAGAAUCCUGCAUCAGCAACGAAAUCGCGGGGCUGAAAGAACAAUUCAUGAAAACUAUUCACGAUUAUCAAGAGCUCCUAAUGAAAACUAUGGCAGGUUUUACGCAGUUUAUCAAAAAGUGUGACGCGCCGAAACCCGACCUCUGCGACUAUACUGACCGCUGCGGUCGACCUAGCCCUCGUUCCAAGAGUUACAAUUACAUUGAAUUAGAAAGAGCUUAUCAGACAAAAAUAGUAAAUGAAAAAGAGUUAUCGAAAAGUCAAUCAUGUUCCCCCAAUUGCGAUCUCAGUAAAAUUCCUGAUAUUAAUACAAAUGGAGAAUGUAAAAGAUAUCAAGAAUGCAAAUAUAUAUCAAGUAGAUAUGACGUUUGUGAAGCGAACGAUAAAAGACGUCGCUAUGAAUGGUUCAAAACCGACGACGGCGCAACAUAUGGCAACAGUAAUGUCUGUCAUGGUAGAACGACUUCAUUAUCAAGUUCAAGUGAUUGGUGGUCAUUUACUUAUAAUUCUUGUAAUUACUACGUUUGCACAUGUGUCGCUAAGUCUAAACAUGACGAGCAUGUUCUCACGACAAUAAGCUUCCGGGAACAGGUUACAGAUUUUCAUAACGAAAGAGUUGUCGUAGGAGUGAAAUUCGUUAAAAAAGACUACAUGCUCCAUCUCCAAAUAGCCGAAGCGAAAUUGUUGCCGUACGGAAAAAUCGAUCAGUCAUCAGUAGCAUGGAAGCCGCUUGAAGACUUUGAUUACAACGAAAGCGAAGAAAAGUUCUACGUAAAACCAGGCUACGGAAACGUGCAGCCCCUCUCCCUGGGAAAAGAUUACGGUCAUCCUACGGUAAUAAAUCUCGACGAUUUAAUGGCGCCCACAGAUUACAUCGUCACUGGAGUGAGAUUCCGUUACGCUGGUGACUCGCCCGAUUGUCCAAAAUUCCAAGAGGGCGCCAUUGAGCUGCAGAUCCAAAUCAGACGAUUCGAUUUCGCCGAGGGCCACAUUUCCGAUAACUACAAGCCGCGUUGGGUUUCUGCUGACAAGAGUAACAGACAUGAGUUGGUCCUCGAGGAACCGGACAACCCUCUCAAGUCAUCAGAAAACAACCAACUGUCCACCCCUAAUCAGUUUGUCAAAUUCCGGCCCUCAGACCUUCGCAAGGACGCUGGACAAUCUACUGUACCCUUUUUCGACGCUUCUGAAGUUAAAGGCAGCCCUCUGAUGCCUUUCAAAGGUAUCGGGCUCUAUCAUCGUGGCAACAAAGGCUCCGGAGGAUUCUUGGCCCUUAGAUUAUACGAUUUCGAUUCCCGGUCCUACACUACCGCUACUGUCAGGAAAAAUGUGCCCCAGUCAAAUAGCAACUCUGGCUUUGGGGGCAGAAUGGGCUUUUUCCAGUUUCUUGGAAAUGUCGUUAAAUUGCCGUUUGAACUGACGCAUGAUUUUUUAAAAAACAUGCGUAAUAUGGAUGCGCAAUAGUUAUUUUUUUAUAACAUAAUUUUUAAUUGUAAGUUUUGUCAAAUAAUUAAUUAAUAAAUUAUUUUAAAUUUUA